GAUGUCCUGAGCUCGCCGCCAGCGGGCUCUGCGUCCCGGCCCGGGGGCUGCUCGGGGAAGUUGGGCGAGGCGGGCCGGGUAUGCGCCAUCACCAUGGCCCGGCUGGGCUGGUGGCUCGGUGAGGUCCAGUGGUUCGUGUUGGUGUCGCUCUUCGUCGCGGCCCUGGUCACGGUGGGCCUGUACCUGACGCAGUGGGCGCUGGCCAGGGCGCGACCCCCGCCGCGGCGGCGGGCGGAGCCCGAAGCAGAGCAGCGCCCGGAGUCGGACGCGCUUCUUUCUUGGAUCCUGACGCUGAACAGCUGGAGGAGCCAGUGGCAGACAGCCUGGGUGAUCGCCCUGAACCAGGAGGCCAAAAAGAGAGGGGGCCCUCUGCAGCUCUCCUUCCAGCAGGAUGCACGGCCACAGCUCCAGGAGCUGGCCGUUGGAGAAGUCUCCAGCAUGGUCCAGUCGGCCCAGGAGAAGGUGGUGGCCUGUCACGUGAUGAGCAAGACCCUUCAGUUCCUGGUCAGCGCAGCGCCCUCGGUGACCGGCUCGGGACACCAGCUGUAUGACGUACAGCUCUCCCCAGUUCAUCUGCAGCUGGAGCUCCACAUGAAAGAAAAGAGAGAAGACAUCCAGAUUCGGUGGUCCUACAUCCAUGUGCCAGAAUUGACCAUCAAGAUCCAGCCCCGGGCACCAGGGGAGGGCCAGGUGGGAGAAACAAAUGCAAUAUCUGAAACCCUCAAGGACAUUUUGAAGCACCUGGUGAGUUCCACCUCUCCGUCGGUGGUUCUGAGCACCAAGCCCACGGAUAUAAAGGAAGCUCAGAAUCUACAGCGCGCUUCCUCUCCUGCUCAGGAAUCCUGUCCUCCCAAACCUCCCAGGGCUCAUGAACUAAAACUGCUGGUGAAGAACAUCCGGGUCUCGCUGCUCAACGAUCCUGGUGCUUCAGGCAGCGUUAGCCCCGUGUGCAUUGCCCAGCUGAAUGACCCUGUCCAGAGGUUCACCAGCACCCAAGCCAAGAGCACUACUCAGCUCACCUGGGAGGAGGAGUUCACCUUUGAGCUGAACGCCAAGUCCAAGGAGUUACACCUGCAGAUUGCAGAGAACGGGCGGUCCUCAGAAGGUCUGCUGGCCAUGACCACCGUCCCUCUGGACCUGUUCAAGAAGCAGCCUUCUGGGCUGCAGAGUUUCACGCUGAUCGGAGGGCCCACCCUCAGCAGCUCGGCGCUGGGCUCGGUCACUGCAGAGUUUUCUUACAUAGAACCCGGUGAAUUGAAAUCUUGGCAAACCCCUCCCCCUGUUGCUGCUGCAAAGAUAGAAAAGGACCGCACAGUGAUGCCCUGUGGGACCGUGGUCACUACUGUCACUGCCGUGAAGACCAAGCCUCGCUACGAUGUGGGGAGGGCGUCCCCACUGAGCUCUGAGUCGCCCGUGAAGACGCCCGUUAAGGUGAAGGUCAUCGAGAAGGACAUCUCCAUCCAGGCCAUCUCGUGCCACGGCGCGCCCGUCAGCAAGACGUUCUCUUCUUCAGACACAGAACUGCUGGUGUUGAAUGGCUCCGAUCCGGUGGCUGAGGUUGCCAUCCGGCAGCUCAGCGAGUCUUCCAAGCUGAAACUCAAGUCACCCCGAAAGAAGAGCACUAUCAUCAUUUCAGGGAUUUCCAAGACCUCACUCUCUCAGGACCACGAGGCUGCCCUGAUGCAGGACUAUGCAUCCUCCAUGGACAGCGCCCGCCAGGACGCCCCAUCUGGCCCAUGUCCCGCGGAGGCGGCCAUGGCCUCUGCCCCACCAGUGGAGGAUGAGCCAGCCCAGGACCCAGCUGCCCUAAAGCCCCAGGAGAAGGAACUGGACUCGUGGGACUUGGAGAAGGAGCCCCUGGCGGCAGCGUGGGGAGGCCCAGCCCGGCUGGAGCUUGAUGGGGACGAGCUGUCUGAGAGCUCCCUGAGCAUCUCGGAGCCUGGCGCUGCCAAGAAGCCUAAAGGAGGAGUUUUAAGGAGGGGUGCCAAGCUGUUUUUCCGCCGACGGCACCCACAGAAAGACCCCAGCAUGAGCCAGUCACACAAUGACCUCGUGUUCCUGCAGCAGCACGAGGGUGCCCGGAAGAAAGGGGCGACCCUCACUCGGCUGCUCAACAAGAAGCUGCUGUCCAAGCACCGGGGCAAGAGCGCCUUGAAUGGGGCCCCCGUGGAGCCCUGCACGUAGGCCGCCCGCCUCUUUCCCUGCACCCCCGACGGUGCCCUCACCAGGACGGAGCAGGAGUGCCGGCCGCUGCCACAUGCCCACUCCUCCAGCUUGGCUUUUCUGGCAAUUCGGUCUUUUGAAGGGGAAGAACCGUCUGUGUCUCCAGCCAGAGGUUUCCCCCAAAGAGAACUGACAAAGCCAAAUUUGCCACCAGAAUCCUGGUGGGACCUGCAGCCCCCACCUAAGCAUCGAGGUAACAGUUAGGAGACGAGCUCAUUGCAAGAGAAACACCAUGCUCAGGGGGUCUUGGGAGGGACCGCUGGGGAUUUGGUCUGACCCACGCAGCCCUCAAGCAGGGCGUGUUUGGGGCCCAUGCCUGGGCCAUGUCAUGGGGAGGUGUAUCCUCUGGGCUGUCACUGUGAACAGAAUGGAUGGGUCACCUCUCCUAAUUUGCUGCUUAGAUAAAAGAGUACACCUGGCCCGGAGGGCAGGGCGGUGGAACAUGGGCAGAAUUUUUGCUGAAGAAAUUAUGAUAGGAAUUGAUGAAAUGCUUUGACAAAUAUAGGGAGGCCUUUGCCUUUGCUGUUAGCCAUAGAACUUGAAACCUUAUGCAAACACUAAGUAUGUCCUAUGCAUAUUAUACUGAACCUUUCCCCACGGCCACUCCGAGCCUACUUGCCAGCGGAAAUAAUGGAAGUGUUGACGUGGUUCUCCCACCUUCCUCUGUCACGUCAGAAGCUCCGGAUGCCAGGGAGCAGUCCACGUGCAGUUUUCCUCGCCGUCUGGUGCACUUACGAGACCAGGGCGAGGCGAGCCUGACCCAGGAAGUUGGGAGCAAUAAGUGACACCUCAUAGAACAUGGUAACCCCCACACGCGCACGUGCGCGGGUGCACGUGGACACGGUUUUUGCCAAAUAUUGCCUACAGCCAAAACCAAGUACUUGCAGGGCACUAGAAGAAAUUAUUUUAUGUCUCAGGUGUCCGUCUUAGGAAUGGGAGUUGAAUAACAAACAGCCAAACCUGGAGAUUGAUUUCAUGGGCUCUUCAGAUUUCUGCUGUGAAUGGUGCUCCUGGCCACAUUUUGGGGUGUCCUUGUUUUGGUUCCAGUGGGAAGAACGAUAAGCUUGGCACCUACUUUUAAAACCCCUGUGUACCUAGCAAACAGCUCCCCUCAUCAGUACGCCUGUGACUUGGGUCAUUCACAGACGUUGCUCCAACUCUUGAAUGUGUAAUGCCAGCGGACGUGCUUGUUAAAGAGUGAUUGUCCCUGAGGUGGCACGUUUUGACCCUUUAAUGAGACUGCUGUUCUUCCAGUAAGAUGGAGAAGGCUGGUGUACCCUGACCUCCAGCAGAUGGGCAAGUGGAUGUGCGCCUUCCCACGGCCCGUUAACCCUUCACAGUGUGUUUCAGGGGAACAGAGCCAUGCAGGAGCAAGGCCCUUGGUGAGAGUCAAAACUGAAGGACUUUUUUUCUUCCCUGUUUUUGAGGGAGAGAUUCAAAAACUACACUGGGAAUUUCACUUUCAAAUGCACAAGUGACUUUAAAAUGACUUUUUAACCAUGCUUUUUUAAAAGGAUUGCAUUUGAAGGUUAACCAUUGUAAAGUUCCAAAGUAUAUAAAUAGCAAGUUAGUCCCCAAAGUAAGUAAUUGCCACUAGCUUUGGGGGAUGGGAAGGGCCACCUCAAUGGUUUGUUUUAGUUGAAGUAUCACUGUCCUUUGAAUUGCAAUGGGCAGGACCUGUGACAUCUGAGAAUCCAAUCUAAGAGGGUGUUAUGUGUCUGAAUCCCAGAAUCCCAUCAGAAAUGUUUGUAUAGGUUGGGCAUCCCGUACCUGAAAUUCUUACUCCAAAAUUGUUGCAGAGUGCUUUCAGAUUUUGAACGUGUGAACACUCUUUACCAAUCAAAUAUCCCUAAUCUAGAAAUCCAAAAUCUGAAAUGCCUGGAAAUUCAAAGUGCUUUGAGCUUCUCCAUGCUCAAAGUUCCAGAUUUGGGAUUUUGGGGUUAGGGAUGCUCAACCUAUACAAUAUUAAAAAAUUUUUUUUUUUUUUUGGUCUGUUUGAAAUUCAGGAAGGCUCAAUUAAAAAAAAAAUAGAAGAAAUGCUUUCACCAUCCCAUUCCCAGGUCCUCCCAUGAACGUUCUGUUGUUGUUCAACACCCAGGUCUGGGGCUCACUUCCUGGGGGUGCACCCUCGCCAUCUCUGAGUGGCCUUUCUGAGUCAUAGAGGAAACUGCUUCUGGGGUGCAGGGGGCAUCCUGAGGAACAGGGUGCAAUACUGUGAAGUUCCCUCCCACGCUGUUUAUCUAGGUCUGCAUUUUGUUUUUUUUAAACAGUGUGAGGUAUUUAUGUUAAAGUGAAUGUCUUAAAGGUGAUUAAGAUCCUACACUGAAUGCUGACCACACUUAUGUGUCAAUCUCCUUUAUUCCCAGUUGAGGAUUUAUUUUUUUUUUUGUCUUGAUGGAAUUUCUGCAGAGUGGCAUUUUAUAAGUACCACGUGCUAACCGAUGGUGCCACCCAGACUCCCAGAGUGGCAUUUUAAAGGUGAUUCCUCAUGAACACUCGUGCCAGUGUGGGUCUGCCUGUCUUGAGCAGGUGCUCGCUCGUGUGGGUUUGAAUGAGCAGCCCUGUACUUCCACUGCUUGAGGAUGAGCCUUCGUCUGUGGUGGAGGAAUGCGGUGCACCUGUGUGUGUGUGUGUGUGUGUGUGUGUGUGUGUGUGAGUGAAAGUAGCAAUAACAAAGUAGGGGUCUCUUUGUUCCAGCUGAAACCUGCUGUGACAAAGAGGAUUAGACAGAGCACUUUAUCAAUCUAGUUUCAAAUUUAAGUUCACAACCAGCCCUCGGUCCUCGCCAUGGGUACUUGGCCAGGUGCUGCCAGCCAAUGACAAAUUAGGUGCCCGUCUGGACUUUUGCUUUGGUCUUACUGGCCACAUCUACAGAGAGUUGCAAUUUUUCUUGAGCAGAAAGGGAAAGAUUAAUUACAUUGCUGUCACCCAAAGUGGGUGUUUUCUGGGUAAUAAACUUAAGGUUCUUGGCCUUGAACCCACAGACUACAAGUUGAUGGACAUUGGAAGUCAAAAUAUGUGUCUCUUUGAGACAGAAACAGGCCUGGGUACUGAGCCCCUCUCUCCACGGCCCCCAACUGGCCCAGAAGUGAUUACCAAAGCAACGCCUCACCCUGCACUACAAGCUCAGGUUAUCUUUGGCUCACAGUCCCCCGCACUCCUGUCCCCCGUGCUGGAGGCACUGGACACUCGUCACCUUUUGGCUGGCAGUCUGGUCUUCUCCUCCACGCCAUGUCAAGCUGCGUUUUAAAAAGAGAAGAAAGUUCUCCCGGGUGGAAAGGUCUGGCGUGGUUUUGAGCACGGUGGCCGAUGCCAUGGCGAUGGCUGUAUUCCUUGGAAGCACUUUAAAAACAGGUGCCAGUCUCGUGAGCCCGUGCCCUUGGCUCCGGGCAGUUUCCUCUGAAGAUCGUGUGGCUAGGACAUGAAUGACCUUUGAAAGAAAUAAAUGUGCACAUGCAACACCAUA